AUGUAUGACAGGUCUCUCAAACUGAAGCUGACAGUGAAUAAGCAUUUACCAGAAUUUCCCACUACUAGUGAAGUUAUUACUAUCAGUGAUGCCUGGCAGGCAGGUCCUGUUUUUACUGCACGUGCAUAUGACUGGGAUCUAGGUACAACUUGUCCACCUAAUAGUGCAGGUUGUGACUGUGGCCAGGUGAGCUAUUACAUCAUCAGUGAAACUACAAAUGGACCCUUCAUUAUCAAUAACGCCACUGGAGAAGUGUACAUUCGAGACCCAGUUGGACUUGCUGUAGGAACAUUUUAUAAAGUUGUCAUUCAGGCAAGAGGCCCUUACAAUGAGACAUCUGAUCACAGUGGAACAACAGAAGUGUUGUUCUAUUUGAAUGAAAAUUUUCCUGCUGAUCAGGAAAUUCAACCAAUCAUGAUUCCAACUAAACAAAGUGAAGGAGACGUUGAAAAUGUUGACACUAACUUUAUAGGAGCCUGGGAUAAAAGUGAUGACUUAUCCCCUCACAUUAGAGAGAAACGACAAGCAGAUGAG